GAGGGAGAGGAGAGAGGGUGUCCCGUCUGCGCUGAACCUCAGACAGACAGCAGGGAACAGCUGCAGCACUCGCUUCGCCUAGGAUUUCACUGCAUUGCGAUUUCAAAUAUCAGCCGUUUUCAUCCACGAAGCCCACGUCGCGCAGCUCGACCGAGCAAAGCCCCCCGUCCCCUCCCAGCACUAACCAGUAGAGAAAAUGGUCGACCGCGAGCAGCUGGUGCAGAAAGCCAGGCUGGCCGAGCAGGCAGAGAGAUAUGAUGAUAUGGCAGCAGCCAUGAAGUCGGUGACGGAGCUUAAUGAGGCUCUGUCCAACGAGGAGAGGAACCUGCUGUCUGUGGCUUACAAGAACGUGGUGGGAGCCCGCCGCUCCUCCUGGAGGGUGAUCUCCAGCAUAGAGCAGAAAACCUCCGCUGACGGCAAUGAGAAGAAGAUUGAGAUGGUGCGGGCCUACCGGGAGAAGAUUGAGAAAGAGCUGGAGGCCGUGUGCCAGGACGUGCUCAACCUCCUGGACAACUUUCUGAUCAAGAACUGCAGCGACACUCAACACGAGAGCAAGGUGUUCUACCUGAAGAUGAAAGGCGACUACUACCGGUACCUGGCCGAGGUGGCCACCGGCGAGAAGAGGGCCACAGUGGUGGAGUCCUCGGAGAAGGCCUACAACGAGGCCCACGAGAUCAGCAAGGAGCACAUGCAGCCCACCCACCCCAUCCGCCUGGGCCUGGCUCUCAACUACUCUGUGUUUUACUACGAGAUCCAGAACGCCCCAGAGCAGGCCUGCCAUCUGGCCAAGACCGCCUUCGAUGACGCCAUCGCCGAGCUGGACACCCUCAACGAGGACUCCUACAAAGACUCCACUCUCAUCAUGCAGCUGCUCCGAGACAACUUGACACUGUGGACAAGUGACCAGCAGGACGACGAGGGCGGGGAGGGCAACAACUAAAGGGAAGCCUCACCUCGAAAAUCAAAAAGUCAAAAAAAUUACGGAGGGCCGGUGGACUUUGGCAGCCGCUUUUGCCGAUGAAACUACCGCAGCAGCAGUUCUUUAUUUUUCCAUGUGUUAAAAGAAAAGAAUCAAAAAGAGAGGUGAGAGUGGGAGGUUAAAAUCUUAGUUCAAAUAUAUAUAGAAA